AUAUCACAGAAAAGCCAAUUUCUUCUCACGACUGUUUUUGGAGGCCACAUCACAACAGUAUUCCGGACUCGCUUCGGCUCUGGGUACUGCUUGUUCGCUUCUUACAACGCUAGCAGAUCCUCGGAACCCUACCUGGGGUUUAGUCAUCCUACUCAAAUUCACAACCCAUUUAUUUUCUUCAAUUUAUAAAGCUAAGCUGAUCGACCAUUUCCUCUUUCUAUCGUUUCGGCAAAAACGGAGACGAUCAUAUGAAAUCCUCUGCGAUUACGGUUCUGUUAAUUUGUUUGCUUCUGGACAUUUGCUUAAAUCGCUCUCAUGGAGAUGAACCGAAAAGCAACAAGUUUCGGCAGCGACAAGCUACUGAUGAUGAGAUUGCUUAUGCCGAAGUAGACGAGGAUGCUUUAUUGAACACACAGUGUCCUAAAAAUUUGGAGCUCAGAUGGCAAGCAGAAGUCAGCUCUAGCAUAUAUGCUACCCCCUUAAUCGCUGAUAUCAACAGUGAUGGGAAGCUUGAUAUAGUGGUUCCCUCUUUUGUUCACUACCUUGAAGUCCUUGAAGGUUCUGAUGGAGACAAAAUGCCGGGUUGGCCUGCUUUUCACCAGUCAAAUGUGCAUGCAAGUCCCCUUCUAUAUGAUAUUGAUAAAGAUGGUGUGAGAGAGAUUGCUUUAGCUACAUACAAUGGUGAAGUACUUUUCUUCAGGGUGUCAGGCUACUUGAUGACAGAUAAACUGGAGGUGCCUCGUAGGAAAGUUCGUAAAGAUUGGUAUGUGGGCUUGAAUCCCGAUCCUGUUGAUCGUUCUCGUCCUGAUGUUCAUGAUGAUGAACUUGUCCAGGAGGCGGCUGAUAUGAGGUCAUCAUUGACUGAACCAAAUAGAACUACUGCGGAAUCAAACAGUUCAUUUUCUACAUUAAAAGAACACCAUCCUGGCAUUACAAAUGAAUCUAAUCAAGGGGGUGAAAGGAAAAGCAAUCAGAGUCAAGUGCAAGCCAACACGACAACUAUGGGUAACUUUUCAACAAAUGCUGGAACAGUUGGAAUCACUAAUCCAGAGAAAGGAACAAAUUCGAACAUGGAUAAUAAUACUUCUGUAGAUGGUGGAUCAGUUAUUACCAAUAAUGCAGAGAACAGAACAAGUUCUGCGAGACGACUUUUGGAAGAUAAGAACUUAAAAGAUUCUGAAGAAAGUGAAUCUAAGACCAAGGAUAAAGGUCAUGAGGAUGUUCAUGUGGCAACUGUUGAAAAUGAUGAAACAUUAGAAGCUGAUGCAGAUUCAUCCUUUGAGCUGUUCCGUGAUAGUGAUGAAUUGGCUGAUGAGUAUAGCUAUGAUUAUGAUGACUAUGUUGAUGAUUCCAUGUGGGGAGAUGAGGAGUGGAGUGAAGGACAGCAUGAGAAAAUUGAGGAUUAUGUGAAUAUUGACUCACACAUCUUGUGCACUCCUGUUAUAGCAGAUAUUGAUAAUGAUGGGGUGUCAGAGAUGAUUGUUGCCGUUUCCUAUUUCUUUGACCAUGAGUAUUAUGACAAGCCAGAGCAUUUGAAGGAAUUGGGUGACAUUGACAUUGGAAAAUAUGUUGCUAGUUCAAUUGUUGUUUUCAAUUUGGAUACCAAGCAAGUUAAGUGGACCAGAGAUCUAGACUUAAGUACAGAUACUUCAACUUUCCGGGCAUAUAUUUAUUCGUCUCCAACUGUUGUUGAUUUGGAUGGUGAUGGGAACUUGGACAUUCUUGUUGGAACUUCUUUUGGCUUGUUCUAUGUCAUGGAUCACCAAGGGAAAAUCAGAGAAAAAUUUCCUCUUGAAAUGGCUGAAAUUCAAGGAGCCGUAGUUGCAGCUGAUAUCAAUGAUGAUGGCAAGAUUGAACUAGUAACUACUGAUACACAUGGAAAUGUUGCUGCAUGGACUGCAAAAGGAGAUGAAAUUUGGGAAGCACAUGUUAAGAGUCUUGUUCCCCAGGGUCCUGCUAUUGGUGAUGUUGACGGAGAUGGUCACACUGAUGUUGUGGUUCCCACGGUAUCAGGAAACAUAUAUGUGCUUAGUGGCAAAGAUGGUUCUAUGGUUCGCCCCUAUCCAUAUAGAACUCAUGGGAGAGUGAUGAACCAGGUCCUUCUUGCUGAUUUAAGCAAAAGGGGAGAGAAAAGUACAGGCCUGACUAUUGUCACAACAUCAUUUGAUGGUUAUUUGUAUCUUAUAGAUGGACCUACAUCAUGUGCUGAUGUUGUUGAUAUUGGUGAAACCUCAUAUAGCAUGGUCCUCGCAGACAAUGUUGAUGGUGGAGAUGAUCUUGAUCUUAUUGUGACAACCAUGAAUGGAAAUGUCUUUUGCUUCUCAACUCCCUCUCCACAUCACCCGCUUAAGGCAUGGAGAUCAACUAAUCAAGGACGAAACAAUAUGGCAAAUCGCUACAAUCACGAAGGUAUUUAUGUUACACAUUCAACAAGAGGAUUCCGGGAUGAGGAAGGCAAAAACUUCUGGGUGGAGAUUGAGAUUGUUGAUAAGUACAAAUACCCAUCUGGGUCCCAAGCACCUUAUAAUGUUACUACAACCUUAUUAAUUCCGGGCAACUACCACGGAGAGAGGAGAAUAAAGCAAAAUCAGAUCUUUGAACGUACUGGGAAAUAUAAAAUAAAACUCCCGACUGUUGGAGUGAGGACCACUGGGACUGUUUUGGUGGAAAUGGUUGACAAGAAUGGACUCUAUUUCUCAGAUGAGUUCUCGUUGACAUUCCACAUGUAUUACUAUAAACUGCUAAAGUGGCUUCUUGUCCUCCCAAUGCUCGGGAUGUUUGGUGUGCUUGUCAUCCUUCGUCCACAAGAGGCAAUGCCUUUGCCAUCAUAUUCACGGAACACUGAACUAUGAGAUCUUCUUUGUUAGGCUAUAUAUGUUGUCCUUGUCAUAACACAACCUCAAUUGUCCCUCGAAAAUGUUAGUGGUUUGGAAAUUAGAUCAUCACAGAAAAAGUUUUGAUGCUCUGGCGCUGGGUGGAUUUCCAGCCAUUUAGAAGGCCAUCUGAUUGAACUGAAAUUUCAGAUUUGGGUUACUUUGUAACAUGGUUGGACUUGGUCCUGUUCAAAUGAUAGUGAAAAUGAACUGACCUGAUUCUCCAACACCAGCAGAGGCAUCUGCACAUGCUAACUGCAAGUGUGAAUUGUAUUUACAACCAUCGAGAUUAUUAAUCAUCAUAAUACGGACUGCUGUUGUGUGUGUUGAGCAGGUUGUUGAGCAUUCGUACGGACUUGUCAUGCAGCAAAUUUCAACAACCAAACAUUACUCUCAAUUCAUGGUUGAUUCAGCAGAAUUUUGGUCAUAGAUAUCUCUACUCAUGUCAUCCACCAAGUUUGCACAUUUCUCCAUUGAACAUUCAGCGUGCUGCCCCAAUUAUCUUUACAUUGACUUGUGCUAAAUAGUAUAUUAACUUUUUCUUCCAAUAAUUUAUUUCUUCGAUCCAA